GAGGCCACAACAGUGAGAGGCCCGCGUACCGGAAAAAAAAAAAAAAGAAAGAAAGAAAGAAAAACGCAGGAGACUCAGUAGAAGGUCAAGUAAGUCCACUAGAGGGAGCCCCAACCAACUCAGUACUGCAGAGAGCCAAGCAAGGUAUUUUCUCAGCACCUGUCUGAAAGUCAACCACAGACAGGAAUACGGGAAAAGAAGCAAUACAUUAAGUCACAAUGAGAGAAGAUAGUCCUGUAAAUACCCAGGGGAAAUCCAGGCCUUUCAAGAUUUACAAAAUCAAAGAUUUCUUUUUUAUUUUUUGGCCGCACGCUGUGGCUUGCAGGAUCUUAUUUCCCCAACCAGGGAUCGAACCUGUGCCCCUUGCAGGGGAAGCGCAGAGUCCUAACCACUGGACAGCCAGGGAAUUCCCCAAAAUCAAAUAUUUCAAGACCAGGAAACUGAGGCUGAGCAAGUUUAAAUGGCUUGCUCAAGUUUACAUAUCCGGACGGAGGGGAAAAGAACUCACAGCUCCUAUCUCUAACCAGUGCCCUUUCUUCUCCAUUUGCAUCUCUCUAUGUCAACACCCUGGGGUCCUGGGUCUACCUCUCCUCUGCGUCUCAUUUCUCUGAAAGGGGAAACUCUCUCAACCACCUUCUUCUGCACUUCUUUCCUUCAUACACCACAGAGUGCCUUCCUGAAGGAGAGCUUCAGUUUUAAACCUGAGAAUGUCAUUUUGCUGAUGAGACCUUGGGAUGUGUAAAUUGCCCAAAAUGGCUACUGUCAGUCCUUUUCCUCUGUAUCAGCACAACAGCAUUAUUUCAGAUGUGUAAAUCUGUAAUUUGUAAGUCUCCAAAUUGCAGGCUGUGCUACAGAGAAGUGAAUCAUAGAUGAUCGGCUCCAAAGCCCUUUCUCCUCAAACUACACUUAGGAUUUGGGGAUAAGGAGAGUAUUGGCCCUCUGAGACCUUGGUAUUUUAAGCUUUGUAUUUAGUCCCUUCUACCUUCCUAUGAACACCAUGUUUCCCAGUUGCCCGGACAACAUGCCGCCUCCAGAAACCCAACCUUCCAGUUCUCAGUCCCGCCCCGGACAGAAAUUUGCCACUCUGGAUUGGUUCCCAGAACCCAGUCUCCUCCUCUGGCUCCUAGAUCGUUGGGCCUUUUCUCUGCCCCUCCUCGUGAGUGGGUCACACCACAGGGAGACACGACAGAGGCAAGAGAGGGUCUUGCAGAAAGGAAGAGGCAGGGACAGCAAGGAAAUACGACCUAAGACCAAAGAGAAAGGGACAAAACCUGGGACACAGAAGAAGAAAAGGAAUGCAGCUGUUGAUGUGGAGACUGAAUCCAUACACAGGCUGGCACUGCUGGAAAAGGAGAUGCUCCAAGACCACUUGGCUCUGUGGAGGGAUGAGGCCUGCCAAGCCAAGGCUUCUGAAGACAAGCUGAAGCAGAGGAUACAAGAACUGGAGGCUGAACUGGAGGGGGCCUGGAGUGAAGGGAAGGCCAUAUAUGCAGACAUGAGUCGUCAGUGCUGCACCCUGCAGGAGGUGAUGGAGACACAAAGCAGGCAGCUGGAGGAGGAAGUGAGGCGCCUUUGGGCGCAGUUAGAUCAAUGUGCCAAAGGGAGGCUGAGGGCUACACGGAGAGAGGCCUUGCAGGCCCUUGGAGAGUGGGACCGAACUCUGGCUCAGCUUCGGGCCCACGUGGCAGACAUGGAGGCCAAAUACGAGGAAAUCUUACAUGACAGCCUGGACUGGCUCUCGGCCAAACUGAGAGCCGUCACCGUCCACGCCCGGCACAAGGAGCAGCUCCGCCAGUUUGGACUCAACCCCCUGGAUCUUUGACUGUGAGCCUCUAGUCUCUGGGGCCCUCUGAGGCCCCAGCAAUAACGCUGUCUGUAUGUAGAACUCAACAGGACUGGGGGCUGUGAUUUUGGGCAGAGAUGAGUGCCCCUCAUAGGAACAUCUCAGUUCUGGGCUGACCCAUUACCCUGGAGACUGAAUAAGAAGAGAGAAAUUUGACAAGGUCUCAACUUCUCUCCUAGAGAAACUGGGUCCCACCCCUUGAGCCUGAGGCCCUUUUGGUCACCCUACCCCCACCAACACAAACAAAGGCAGCCAGAUUUGUGGGGAAAGGCCAUUUCUAUAAUAGACCAACGGUGACCAGGCACCAGCUCCCACAAUCCUAAGGUGCCCACAGAGGGAAGGUGCAGCCGGUCUCCAAGUUCCUGCAAUAUACCCAACAGUCCUGGAGUCAUGCUUAGGGCAAAUUCCAGGUGGCUUCAAUCCUAGCCGGCCCCACAGCCCGCCGGGAAAGGGAAAACUCUGUUUCUUCUCUAUUUUGCUACAACGUUCUCAGUUCUACUUCAUUUCUGGUGAAACGUGGAGGAGGGAGGUUUCCCACACCAAGUAAUUCUCCGUUGACACAAUUUAACUUUUGUGUUACAAUUUAACUCAAUUCCGACACAGUCUACCUGGAGGUAUCAUCAGAUCCCGCAGGUUAAGGGUUCUGUCCCACAGACUGCCCUCGA